AUGGCUCGGAUCCAAAACAGAAUGAAAACAAAGUACAGCAGCCAGGGGAAGGCCAGAAGGGCUAGAGAAGACUCUUCUACCCCGGGAUCGAGCGAGGGGUCUGAUUCGGAGUGGGAACCAGCGUCACAGUUAAAGCGUGAUCGCCCGCUUAAAGCUGGUGGAUCGGCUCGCCGCCCACGUCUUCGAGGGCAACAAUCCAAGAAAGACGGAGCGCGUCCCUCUGAUGACGAGCCCGAUCCAAGGGAGAUUCCUGCGGGACUUGACCAUCGCAUCAAACUCAGCGAUGUCCGGGCAAGGAUGCAUGCUGAGUUCCGUCAGGAUGUUGACACCUUGCAGCAGCGCAACGGGCGUUUCCGCGCCGCUCUCGACAUGGUGGCCUGGGGCUCGAGCCACAGAAAGACCACGGCAAUGAAAGCCCGGCUCGCGCGGAAGAUGGAGGAGCUUGGCAUCAAUCUCCGGCUCAAUUUGACCCGCGGGAUGACCCCGGGUCUCGUCAACCUGGAGCUGGGCGAAGCGGGAGGCAGGGUGCCCAGGAGACCAGGCAGCGACGACAGGCUCAGCAAUCUCCAGUCUCCCAUCGAUGGCGAGGAGACGGCGAGCGAGGACACGGAUUUUGAAGGCCUCGCCAGCCUUCCGUCGCCCUUCUCCUGGCAAUACCAUCCUACCGAUGGGACGAUGAUCCUCAGGGAGCAAUCAAUUAGUGAUCUCCGGAUCAAGCCUUCGUCCAGCGACCUGGAUGCACAUUUCUUCCUGGACAUCGACCCCAGCUACUCCCUGCUGGACCCCAGCUCCAAUCCGCUCUCCCCGGGUGUCUGGCCAUUCUAGGCGUGGGUGGCCGUCGACCUUGUCGUCGUUCUUCUUUUUUUGCUUCUCUGGUCUUUCUUUUCUUGGAGUUAUUGUGGUGGUUUCUGGCCUGCUCUCAACGGGGUGGAAUCAUGCAAUUGAUACCAAUGAGCAGUGGAUUUAAUUAUUAUUUCAUGUCAAUGCUUUUGUUGUCUUUUCCCUUCGAGGCGUUCCAAAGUACCUGUUUCUCGACUUUCAAGAUCAUUGUCCAUAUUUGUUAUCCUUUGCUUCUCCCUUCUCAAUUAUGACUUGUUAUUCUUCUAAGUUUAUUCUCCUCUUUUUCAUGCUGCACUCCUGUUCUUAGUCGCUGACGGUGUUCCUGCUCCUAGAUC